AUGAAACUUUUGGAGACCUCUUUGUUCUCCCUCAUGGAUCAGGAGAACAACCGCCGCAUGGUGCCCCACGAGGACAUUCAGCGGGUUUGGCAGUACGGGGCCCAAAACAACCCUCUACCAGGGACAGAAACAAACAAUGCGUCAGCCAUUUACCGUCACUGUGGCAUAAACGACGAGAAACACGAAAAAAUCUGUCGCGAGUGGUACUAUGGUGACAACAUGCCUCAGCGAUUCAAGAACAUCUGUGAGAGAGGUGGGAGUCGUAACGCCUUUGGUUACCGUCCGUUACAGCGCACCUCAAGGGAGGUUUUGAAGGACACACAUGGCGUGGAACGGAUGUAUACCAUCAACUACUUUUCGGAGACCCAGUACAUUAACUUUGACACGCUUUGGGGAUAUAUUACGGCGUUUGGGCGUGGCCUGGUGGAGCUCGGGAUUCAGCCGAACGCCAACAUUGCCAUUUAUGAGGAGACACGUUGGGAGUGGCUGGCGACGAUUUACGGUAUUUGGUCCCAGAGCAUGGUGGCCUGCACGGUGUACGCCACGCUGGGUGAGGACGCCUUGGCGUACGUGUUUAGGGAGACUGCAAGUGCUGCCGUUGUAUGCAGCGCGAAGUCUGUGCCAAGUCUGCUGCAGAUGAUGCGGGGACAUGUGAUCCCGCCUAUGUCUAUUAUUUAUAUUGGGCAGCUGCCACCGGACCUCGAUACAGGCACCUACCGCGUAAUCUCCUGGUAUCAUGUUAUAGACAACGGUCGCAUUUCGGAGGAGCCUCUGCGAAUACCAACGGACAACGAUAAACUGGCGUUCGUCAUGUACACAAGCGGCACCACAGGGGAUCCAAAGGGGGUGAUUCACACACACGGCUCCCUUGUCGCUGGCGUAUUGGCAUGUGCCGACUGUCUGAACGACCUCAUUGGCCCAUUUCAGAUGGGAGAGGCGUACUGCGUCUAUCUUCCACUUGCCCACAUCUUUGAGUUUGGCAUUGCCAACAUCUUUUUGGCGCGGGGAUCGUUGGUUGGCUUUGGCACUCCUCGCACUCUUCUCGACACGUAUGCGCGCCCGCAUGGAGACUACGCUGAAUACAAACCCGUCUUCACCAUAGGUGUGCCACGCGUCUUUGACACAAUCAAGAAAACUGUCGAGGCGCAGCUUGCGCCACGUGGCUCUCUGGAGCGUCGCAUCUUCGAAUACGCCUUUCACAGCCGUUUAAAGGCGCUAAAGAGUGGAAUGGAGACGCCGUACUGGAACGAGGUGGUGUUUGGCCUCUUUCGCCCGAUACUGGGUGGGAAGAUGCGCACCAUGCUGUCAGCUGGUGGGCCCAUCAGCGCUCCCACGCAGACGUUUCUCAAUGUCGUCUUUGGGUUGAUGGUUCAGGGCUGGGGCCUCACAGAGACGGUGUGUGUGGGGACAAAGCAGCUCCGUGGCGACAUUGAAACCAUUGUGGCGGGUCAACAAGAGCGCAGCUGCGAGAUGCGUCUUCUUGACGUGGAUGAGUACAAGCACACAGACACGCCGGAACCACGAGGGGAGCUUCUGCUGCGUGGCCCGUUUCUCUUCAAGGGGUACUACAAGCAGGAGCAGCUUACGCGGGAGGCCAUCGACGAGGAUGGGUGGUUUCACACAGGUGACGUGGGCAGCAUCACAGCGAAUGGUUCUCUCCGCAUUAUCGGCCGUGUGAAGGCGCUGGCGAAGAAUGUGCUGGGCGAGUACAUUGCGAUGGAGGCGUUGGAGUCGAUGUACGCACACAACGUACUUUGCAUGCCAAACGGUGUGUGCGUGCUUGUCCAUCCUGCUCGCUCGUACAUUUGUGCGUUGGUACUGACUGAUGAGGCAAAGGUGGUGAACUUUGCGAGGGAGCAGGGUAUUGAAUGCAGUUAUCCUGAUAUUUUGUGUGACCCGGAGUUCCAGCGCAAGGCCACGGAAUCCAUGCAGGCAACGGCGCGGAAGGCGAAUCGGCAGAAGUUCGAGUGUGUGCGUCAUGUUCGUUUUAUUGACGAUGAAUGGACGCCUGAGAAUGGGAUUCUCACCGCGGCCGGUAAGCUAAAGCGCCGCGAAAUUGACAAGCGAUACGCUGACGUCAUUCAGUUACUUUUUGUGGAGGAGUCUUAG